GUACAGUUGGCGGUGCUAAAGACAGCAGUCGAGUUCUGAUUCUAAAUGAUCUGUUUGUAAAAAAAAACCGUUUUAAAAAUUACAAAAUCGUACUGCAUGAUCAGUUUAAAAAUUUGUAUUAAAAGUUAUUAUAAUCCAGCCAUAUUAAAUUCAUAAACAAAAGCAAUGGUGUUAGUGUUUUUUACUUCAAUUAUAAUGUGUACUAAUAUAUUAAGUGUAACGAGUGUGCCUGUUAACGUCAGAGAUGAAUCGCUCGAAAAUGAAGUGAUCACAUACAACUUACCGUUCGUGAGACGAAAGCAAUGGGGCGCUAUGCCGCCUAAACAGAUCCUACCACUGGAAGUCCCGGUGCCAUAUGUUGUUAUCCACCACUCAUAUUCUCCGCCUGCCUGCUCAGACGCCACCCAGUGUGCAGAAGCGAUGAGAUCUAUGCAAGACUUUCAUAUGAAUACAAGGGGUUGGUGGGAUAUAGGGUAUAGUUUCGCAGUAGGCGGCGACGGUUCGGCGUACGAAGGGCGUGGUUGGACUGUUUUAGGUGCGCAUUCAUUGCGGUUUAACAACGUGAGCUUAGGAAUAUGCCUCAUUGGAGACUGGACAUAUGAUUUACCACCUCAAAAUCAGUUAAAGACCGCCAAAGCACUGAUAGCGGCUGGAGUUGAGUUAGGGUUCAUUAAACCUGACUACAAGCUAAUUGGCCAUAGACAAGUACGAGAAACAGAAUGUCCGGGAGACGCUCUCUUCAACGAAAUACAAACUUGGGAACAUUAUUCCCCUUUUCCGAACAAUGUUAAAGAUUUGUUGAAUGUUGUAGAAAUUCCGGAGACCAUUCGAGAAGAAUGGAAGAAGAACGGAACUUUGAUUUCGUAACUAUUUGAAACUAAAAAUACCGGUUUAAGUGUCAUUUAAGUUGUACAGUUUGUUUUCGGUUUAUUAUUUCGCUUUGUAAAUGUAUUUUAACAUUAUUUAGUAUGAAGUACCUAUGUUGAUAGUUCCUUUAUUAGAAAAGAUAGCUUUAAUUCUGUAAAUAAUAACCUCUAUUAUUUAUACUUUAGCCUAGAAUUGUUUUAUUUACUUUCUGUCAUUGUUUAUUCAAGUCCAUAUGUACAUAUAUUUAGCAGAAAUGAUAAAAACAGCUACUCGUUCAGUUUAUUUUUAAAACCUUUAAAAAAUGACUGAUGUAAUUGCAUUGAAAAUUGAUAGAUUCAACGCUACAGUUUCAUUCUUUCUUCAUCAAAUAUUCUAGAAUAUACAAUGUCGAAGGCAAAACAUGCCUUUGGACUCACUAUACACACUACACAAAGACGGUAAAAACCGACUUUAUUUUAUACUAUGUAGUGAUUGCUGUGGCAAAGAUGCUAAACAUUGCUGGUAUAUUUACCAU